AUGAAUCAGGAAAAUCUAUCAUCAUCUUUAAUUUAGAAAUAGAUAAUGAAUGAUAAAAAGGAAGUGAUGUCGUAAUUAAACAAGUUGCAAGAUGGUUUGCAUAAGAUGAAAACGAUAUAUUCAGGAACACAUAAAGUAAUUGAUGAGCAAUCUAAUUUUAUUGCUGAAAAUAAAAGAUUUUUAGAGGAAAAGGUCGACCCAAAAAUUUAGAUAUUGACAAGAGAAUUACAACUUUAUGAAACGAAAGUAAAUCAAAUGAUGGACGUUCAACUUUAAUUGGCAGAUAUAAAAUAUUAUUACCAAGAAUUUGAUACAAAAAUGCAAGAGUUUUAUGACUUUUAUAAGGUCAUUUGGGCUUAAGUGCACUACUAUGUCGAGAGAAGAAGAAUUUUAUUGAACUAAGAUCCUGAGAAAAAACAAUAGUUGGUUUAAAAAUUAUUGUAAUGAAGAAUCACAAAAUAUCAUUUUAUUGACCUUAAAUUACCAUUUUUAUUUCGCUUG